AUGUAUAGGCCAAGCUUCCACCCACUUUCUGAUUUGGUCUCCAAAGUGAACAACCUCAUUUGGCACACCAGAGAUCUUUCUAAAUUACUUCUGCCACACGGUCUCUGUGACCAGAAGAUAGAAGAACGUGUAUUUAUAUCGACAACUAUGUUCUGCGAAUUUUUUGGCGCUCUCCCGCGUGACGAAGAGGUAAAUGGAACUCUUGCAAUUCGCACUGACCAACUCUGGCGAUGGUUCAAGACUCCUCCAUUCCCCGAACUUGCCGAAGGAUGGGAUUGCACUAAUCGAUAUUCUUGUCUAGGCCAUCUCUCUACGCAUUGGGCCGGCCGCCCGGAGAUGCUAGCAAGGCGUUUUUUAGCCAUUAUCUCCCAAUUUUUGCGUGUAGGACAGCUUAUUAUUUCUGCUUUAAAGAAACAUCCUAUUACAGCUUCAUCGACUGAUAAAUCUGACUCCUUUCGCUGCUUUUUAGCAACCUGGCUGACAUUAUCUAGUAGUGUGACAAUAUUUGUCAAGUUAGCGCUCGUCCACUGGCUCUGGGCUCCAAUUUUUUUUGAGGAAACUUUAGAGAGUAAAUCCGGCAAAAUCUUUGUUACACCAACCAUGGACUCAGACUUUGGAUCAAAGUCUACUUUAGGCCAAAGUUCCAUUUGUUUUGUGAGAAAAGCUUGA